UGCCAGGGCCCAGCUGGCCACACCAUGAACCUCCAGGCCCAGCCCAAGCCUCAGAACAAGCGGAAGCGUUGUGUCUUCUUCGGGGACCAGGAGUCCGCUCCCAAGGAGCAGCCCCCACCCCUCCAGGCACCACAGCAGCCCCCGGCCCCUCCACAGUCCACCAGAGUGAAGGAGGAGCCAUACUUUGGGCACGAGGGUCCGUCAGGAGGCAUCCCCACCUCUCAGCCUGUGGAACUGCCCCCUCCCAACAGCCUGGCCCUACUGAAUUCUGUGGUGUAUGGGCCUGAGCGGACCACAGCAGCCAUGUUGUCCCAGCAGGUGAGCUCAGUCAAGUGGCCCAACUCUGUAAUGGCUCCAGGACGAGGCCCAGAGCGUGGAGGGGGUGGGGGUGUCAGUGACAGUGGCUGGCAACAGCAGCCUGGCCAGCCUCCACCCCACUCUACGUGGAACCGCCACAGCCUGCCUCUCUACAGUGGACCCAAGGGGAGCCCUCACCCCGGCGUGGGGGUUUCCGCCUAUUAUAACCACCCUGAGGCACUGAAGCGUGAAAAAGGGGGAGGCCCACAGCUGGACCGUUACAGAAACGCGGUGCCACCAAUGAUGCCACAGAAGGUGCAGCUGGAGGUAGGGCGGCCGCAGGCUCCCCUCAACUCCUUCCAUGCAGCCAAGAAGCCUCCAAACCAGACGCUGCCCCUGCAACCCUUUCAGCUGGCAUUUGGCCACCAGGUGAACCGGCAGGUCUUCCGGCAGGGCCCACCGCCCCCCAACCCUGUCGCAGCCUACCCCCCGCAGCAGCCGCAGCAGGCUGCUCUGCCCCAGAUGCAGCUCUUUGAGAACUUCUACCCCAUGCAACAGCCGCCCUCCCAGCCUCCCCAGGAAUUUGGCCUGCAGCCGGCUGGGCCACUAGGGCAGGCUCACCUGGCUCACCACAGCAUGGCCUCUUACCCCUUUCCUCCCAACCCUGAUAUGAACCCAGAACUGCGCAAGGCCCUCCUGCAAGAGUCAGCCCCGCAGUCUGUGCUACCUCAGGCCCAGAUUGCCUUCCCCCGCCGCUCCCGCCGCCUCUCUAAGGAGGGGGUCCUGCCUCCCACUGCCCUGGAUGGGGCUGGCACCCAACCUGGGCAGGAGCCAGUGGGCAACCUGUUCUUACAUCACUGGCCUCCACAGCAGCCACCACCCGGCCCCCUGGGGCAGCCCCAUCCUGAAGCCCUGGGGUUCCCACUGGAGCUGAGAGAGUCGCAGCUGCUGCCUGAUGGCGAGAGACUGGCACCCAAUGGUCGGGAGCGGGAGGCUGCCCCCAUGAGUACUGAGGAGGGCAUGCGGGCAAUGGGCCCGGGGGACUGCGGGCAGGUGCUAAGAGGCGGGGUGAUCCAGAGCACACGACGGAGGCGACGGGCAUCCCAGGAAGCCAACUUGUUGACCCUGGCCCAGAAGGCAGUGGAGCUGGCCUCGAUGCAAAAUGCAAAGGAUGCCAAUGGCUCUGAGGAGAAGAGGAAAAGUGUGUUGACCUCAACUACCAAGUGUGGGGUGGAGUUCUCUGAGCCUUGCUUAGCCACCAAGCGAGCACGAGAGGACAGCGGGAUGGUACCCCUCAUCAUCCCAGUGUCUGUGCCUGUGCGGACUGUGGACCCCACCGAGGCAGCCCAGGCUGGGGGUGUCGAGGAGGGUGGGAAGGGUCCCGAGCAGAACCCCACUGAACACAAGCCGUCGGUCAUUGUCACCCGCAGGCGUUCCACUCGCAUCCCUGGGACUGACGCCCCAGCUCAGGCUGAGGACAUGAGUGUCAAGGGGGAGGGGGAGCCUUCCGUGCGGAAACCAAAGCAGCGACCACGACCUGAGCCCCUGAUCAUCCCCACCAAGGCGGGCACUUUCAUUGCCCCACCUGUCUACUCCAACAUCACCCCAUACCAGAGCCACCUGCGCUCUCCUGUCCGCCUAGCUGACCACCCCUCUGAGCGGAGCUUUGAGCUACCCCCUUACACACCACCACCAAUCCUUAGCCCUGUGCGGGAAGGCUCCGGACUCUACUUCAACGCCAUCAUGUCAACCAGCAGUAUCCCAGCCCCUCCUCCCAUCACGCCAAAGAGUGCCCAUCGUACCCUGCUCCGGUCUAACAGUGCUGAAGUCACCCCACCCGUCCUCUCUGUGAUGGGGGAAGCCACCCCAGUCAGCAUCGAGCCGCGGAUCAACGUGGGCUCCCGGUUCCAAGCAGAAAUCCCCUCACUGAGAGAUCGCACCCUGGCAGCUGCAGACCCCCACAAGGCCGACUUGGUCUGGCAGCCGUGGGAGGAACUAGAGAGCAGCUGGGAAAAGCAGAGACAAGUGGAAGACCUGCUGACAGCUGCCUGCUCCAGCAUUUUCCCCGGAGCUGGCACCAACCAGGAACUGGCCCUCCACUGUCUGCACGAGUCCAGGGGAAACAUCCUGGAAACACUGAAUAAGCUGCUAUUGAAGAAGCCCCUCCGGCCCCACAGUCACCCGCUGGCAACUUAUCACUACACAGGCUCUGACCAGUGGAAGAUGGCUGAGAGGAAGCUAUUCAAUAAGGGCAUUGCCAUCUACAAGAAGGAUUUCUUCCUGGUGCAGAAGCUGAUCCAGACCAAGACCGUGGCCCAGUGCGUGGAGUUCUACUACACCUACAAGAAGCAGGUGAAAAUCGGCCGCAAUGGGACUCUCACCUUCGGUGAUGUGGAUACAAGUGAGGAGAAGUCGGCUCAGGAAGAUGUUGAAGUGGAUAUUAAGACUUCCCAGAAGUUCCCAAGGGUCCCUCCUCCCAGAAGAGAGUCCCCAGGUGAAGAGAGACUGGAGCCCAAGAGGGAGGUGAAGGAGACCAGGAAGGAGGGGGAGGAAGAGGUACCAGAGAUCGUGGAGAAGGGAGAACAGGAGGAGGGGCGAGAGCGGAGCCGGCGGGCAGCGGCCGUCAAAGCUACACAGACACUACAGGCCAAUGAGUCGGCCAAUGACAUCCUUAUUCUCCGAAGCCAUGAGUCUAAUGCUGCUGGGUCUGCUGGUGGCCAAGCUGCAGAGAAGCCAAGGGAGGGGCCGGGGAAGUCACGGAGGGCACUGCCUUUUUCGGAGAAGAAGAAAAAACUGGAGACAUUUAAUAAGACCCAGAAUCAGGAGAACACUUUCCCUUGUAAAAAAUGUGGCAGGUAA